AUUAGGGUACGAUCUGUGAUUUGACAGUCUCGCUGCUGCUCCUGCUGCUGCUGCGCUGGAUGGUCUGUCAUGAGUUGAAAAGGGCUGUGAGGGCUGAGGAGAACUGCAGCUCUGCAGACUGAGCGGCUGGCAGGUGGUCUCCCUGUCAAACAGACAGAUUUUCUGCAGGAUUGGGAACUUGGACCUACUACCACUUCAUCUACCCAGAAAAGCAGGCAGCGUGGCAGAGGAAAAGGGGACAGAACUACAGCAAUAAAAGUUGAGGGCUGGAAAGAAGAUGUUUUAAAGAGCCAGUGUGUCAGAGACACUUCAAGCUCCUAAAGAUGGAGAAUGAAACAGUCAGCGAACUGAACCAAACCCAGCUUCAGCCACGAGCAGUGGUGGCCCUUGAGUACCAGGUGGUCACCAUCCUACUUGUGCUCAUUAUUUGUGGACUGGGCAUCGUGGGCAACAUCAUGGUUGUCCUGGUGGUUAUGAGAACCAAGCACAUGAGGACCCCCACAAACUGCUACCUGGUGAGUCUGGCAGUGGCGGAUCUCAUGGUCCUAGUGGCUGCAGGCCUCCCCAAUAUAACUGACAGCAUCUAUGGCUCCUGGGUCUAUGGCUAUGUUGGAUGCCUCUGCAUUACUUACCUUCAGUACUUAGGAAUCAAUGCAUCCUCUUGUUCAAUAACAGCCUUUACCAUUGAGAGGUACAUAGCAAUCUGUCACCCAAUCAAAGCCCAGUUUCUCUGCACAUUUUCCAGAGCCAAAAAGAUCAUCAUCUUUGUCUGGGCUUUCACAUCCAUUUACUGUAUGCUCUGGUUCUUCCUGCUGGAUCUCAACAUAAGCACCUACAGAGAUGCUACUGUGGUAUCCUGUGGCUACAAGAUCUCUAGGAAUUACUACUCACCUAUUUACCUAAUGGACUUCGGUGUUUUUUAUGUUGUGCCAAUGAUCCUGGCCACCGUGCUCUAUGGAUUCAUAGCUAGAAUCCUCUUCCUAAAUCCCAUUCCUUCAGACCCUAAAGAAAACUCUAAGAUGUGGAAAAAUGACUCAACCCAUCAGAACAAGAAUUUGACUUUAAAUGCUUCCAAUAGAUGUUUCAACAGCACAGUAUCUUCAAGGAAACAGGUCACCAAGAUGCUUGCAGUUGUUGUAAUUCUGUUUGCCCUUUUAUGGAUGCCCUACAGGACUCUUGUGGUUGUCAACUCAUUCCUCUCCAGCCCUUUCCAAGAAAAUUGGUUCUUGCUCUUUUGCAGAAUUUGCAUUUAUCUCAACAGCGCCAUCAACCCAGUGAUUUACAAUCUCAUGUCCCAGAAAUUCCGUGCAGCCUUCAGAAAGCUCUGCAACUGCAAGCAGAAGCCAACAGAAAAACCUACUAACUACAGCGUGGCUCUCAAUUACAGCGUCAUCAAGGAGUCAGACCAUUUUAGCACAGAGCUAGAUGACAUCACCAUCACUGACACCUAUAUGUCUGCCACAAAAGUGUCAUUUAAUGACACCUGCGUGGCAUCUGAGGUAACCUUUAGCCAGAGUUGAUUAAUGAAUUAGAAAGAAAUUGACCACAGUGGAUAAGAAUCUGUGCACUUAUCCACAAAGCCAAUACUUACAUGUGAAGACAGAGCAGAGGCAUGGCCCCUACUCUUGCAAGUCUUGGCCCUAAAUACUUUAACCCAGGAGGUUGGUUUAAAUUUCCUUCUUACCAACCUAGUAUCACAAAAAUGAGACCUAUCUCUGGAAGACCUUGCUGGUGGAAACUAAAAAUAUAGUCUUUCUCAUUUCAUGUGGGAAAUCACUAUAUUUUCUGGGGUAAUGACAUUUCAGUAAAAUUCAGACAUAGAUUUAAGUCAUUCAUAAUAACCUUAUCAAAUGUAAUUUCA